AUGCAGGACUGGGCUGGAGUGUUCAUCCCUCUGGUGCUCUUCAUCCUGCUGUCGCCGGGGCUGCUGUUCCAGAUCCCCGGCAAGUGCCGGAUCAUCGAGUUCGGCAACUUCCACACCAGCGCCGUCUCCAUCAUCGUCCACUCCGUCAUCUUCUUCAGCUUCGCCGCCAUCUUCCUCAUCGCCGUCGGGGUGCACAUCGACCUCGGCCCCUGA